AUGAAGGCCCAAGCCAACAGCGUUUCGGGCGCUGUUCUACCCAUCCUGGCCUACUGUGCCUGCUCCAUGUCCAUGAUCUACACCAACAAGCUGGUUCUGUCCGUCUACGACUUUCACUAUGCGGCGUGCCUUCUGAUCUUCCAAUCAGUGGUGGCUGUGCUCUGCCUGUGGGGCCUCAGUGCCAUGAAGUACAUUGACCUCGAGCCCUUUAGCAUGGAGACUGCCAAAAAAUGGAGCCCCGUGACCAUCUUCUUUGGACUCAUGCUCUACACCGGCAGCAAGACUAUCACCCUUCUCAGCAUCCCCGUCCUCACCGUCUUCAAGAACAUGACAAACCUGGUCAUUGCCUUUGGCGAUUGGUAUUUUUUCGGACAAACCGUGACCCCCGGUAUCAUCGGCAGCUUUGUGAUGAUGACAGUUGGCUCCGUCCUCGUCAGCCUUUACGACCUUGAGUUUAACCUUGCUGGCUACGUCUGGAUGUCUUUCAACUGCCUUUCUCAGGCAGCCUACGUGCUGUAUAUGCGCCGAGCCAAGCAAACGACCAAACUCUCCGAAUGGGGCAUGAGCUUUUACAACAACCUUCUCUGUGCUGGACUCAUGGUUCUUUCGGCCGUCGGGUCGGGCGAGAUUUUUGAGGCUGUCAACUACCCGAGCCUCAGCGACACGGGCUUUCUCUCAGCCAUGAUCUUUAGCGGUGUGAUUGGUACCGGUCUCAGCCUCAGUGUCUUUUGGUGUGUUAAUGCUACUUCGCCGACCACCUACAGCAUGGUCGGUGCCUUGAACAAAAUCCCCAUCACCUUCAUCAGCAUUGUCUUUUUUAAUACGGAGAUGGACUCCAAGCUUGCCUUCAGCGUUUGCGUUGGCCUACUUGCCGGUCUGGUGUAUACGUAUGCGAAGCUUCAGCUGCGCAAGUCGCCUCAACCUGUCAACGAAAAAUCAGCCGAGAACGAACGCCUGCCCCCUUUCAAGGCGGGUCGGUAA